AUGAAUAAAAAUACAUCUGCCGUAGUAUCAUCCGGUCUACUUGAAAAGGAUCCUGCCUUUCAGAUGAUUACAGUUACCAAGGAGACAGGCCUUGGUCUGAAGAUCCUAGGAGGAAUUAACCGGAAUGAAGGUCCCUUGGUAUAUAUUCAGGAAAUCAUGCCUGGAGGAGACUGUUAUAAGGAUGGACGUUUGAAGCCAGGAGAUCAACUUGUCUCAAUAAACAAGGAGUCUAUGAUUGGUGUAUCAUUUGAAGAAGCAAAAAACAUAAUUACCAGAGCCAAAUUGAGGUCAGAAUCUGCUUGGGAGAUAGCAUUCAUAAGACAGAAAUCUCACAGCAGUCAUUUAGAAAAUCCAUCGUGUUCAUCCCUUUUACAAGCUACAGGAGAAUAUGGACCUCAAGCCUCAAAAUUUAGUCUUCUUUCUUCUUCCCCUGAAAUACUAAUUCCAAAGACAUCAUCCACUCCCAAAUCUACAGAUGCCAUUUUAUCUUCUUUUAAGAUAAAUCAGAUAAAAACUGGAUACAAGAAAACAGAACAGAUUCCAAUUACUUCUUCAGACAACAGCCCUACAGAUAUGCCUAAUACAGAUAUUGCCCCUGCCUUGACUGAUAAUUAUGGACUACAAGGAAAGAAGAUUUCCCUAAAUCCCUCUGUUCGCCUUAAAGUAGAGAAACUGGAAAUGGCUCUAAAUUAUCUUGGUAUUCAGCCCACAAAGGAACAACACCAAGCUCUGAGACAGCAAGUGCAAGUAGACCCAAAGGGGACAGUGUCUUUUGGAGAUUUUGUCCAGGUUGCCAGAAACUUGUUUUCCUUGCAUUUGGGUGAAGCAAAUGUUGGUGCACAUGAAAUUUCCAACAUAUUAGACUCACAGCUUCUUCCCUGUGAUUCCUUAGAAGCAGAUGAAAUGGAAAGGCUUAAGCAUGAAAGAAAUGAUGCCUUGGAAGAAGUGAAUACACUUAAGGAAAAAUUAUUUCAAUCGGAAAGGCAAAGGAAACAAUUGACAGAAGAACUCCAAAAUGUGAAACAAGAAGCCAAAGCUGUGGUCGAAGAAACAAGAGCCCUGCGAAGUCGGCUUCAUCUUGCCGAAGCUGCACAGAGACAGGCACACGGAAUGGAAAUGGAUUAUGAAGAAGUGAUCCGUCUGUUAGAGGCCGAGAUUACAGAGCUGAAGGCUCAGCUUGCUGAUUAUUCUGACCAAAAUAAAGAAAGUGUUCAGGAGUUAAGAAAGCGAAUCACAGUACUUGACUGCCAAUUGAGAAAAUCAGAAAUGGCUCGAAAAACUUUUGAGGCAUCCACUGAAAAGCUUCUUCAUUUUGUAGAGGCUAUUCAAGAAGUGUUUUGUGAUAAUUCUCUUCCUUUGUCAAAUUUAAGUGAAAGAAGAGCUAUGUUAGCUUCCCAGACGUCCCUCACACCACUGGGAAGGAGUGGACGUAACAUCCCAGCAACGCUGGCACUUGAAUCUAAGGAACUUGUUAAAUCUGUCCGUGCCAUACUUGAUAUGGAUUGUCUACCUUACGGGUGGGAGGAAGCUUACACAGCAGAUGGAAUCAAGUACUUCAUCAAUCACGUAACACAGACUACAUCCUGGAUGCACCCCGUGAUGAGCGCACUGACCCUGUCCUGCUCAGAGGAGAACGAAGAGGAUUGCUCCAGAGAACUUCCUGACCAGAAGAAUUGA